ACUUUCUGAAGCCUCUCUGUAGUGUUAAUCCGGACUCCGCAGUCCAGAGUCGGGUUGACAAAUUACAUAUCCAACUUGAACAGCAACGCGUGACAUCGCUGAUUCCUUUCUAUCAUGAUCAGCUGCGGCACUGACACAGGACACGCAGCUGGAGGGCACUGAUCGUUACUGCACCGCCCUUUCCCUAUGUCAUAAACGAUAAAAAAUGUGACCGUCCAUUAUUCUGCUCCAACAACCUCACAAAUCUACUGAUUCUACUCAUGAAUUCUACUCGUCCUCACGUGCUAGUCGUAGGCGCUGGGCCAGCAGGUCUGGUGGCAGCGUUGACGCUCCUCCAGAACGGCAUACCAGUUCGCAUCAUCGACAAGGACCCCAAUCCUCGCAUCGGACAGCGUGGUCCCGGAAUCGCGCCACGCUCACUCGAACUCUUCAACUUCCUGGACGUCCCAGAAGUCAACGAACUGGGAAAACCCAUGCCUAUAGUUCGUUCCUUCAAGCUUGGGACGUUGGAAUCUCCGAAGGAAUCUUCGAUGGUCCCGGAUUUGGAACCUACCCCUGCGAUACCAUUCCACAUUCCAAAGAUGAUGGGUCAACAACUCUUAGAUGUGAUUUUGCGACGGCACCUAGAGAAAUUCUCGUGCGCCGUCGAGAUGGGCACCGAAUUGCGUUCGUUCGAGCAGUCCGACGAAGGUGUCACGACCGUGCUAGCAAAGAAUGGCAUAUUGGAGACUUUCGAUACCAAGUGGGUGAUCGGCGCGGACGGUGCUAAAGGCAUCGUGCGCAAACACCUCGGGCUUACGUUCCUGGGCGAGACUAGAGAGGAUGUCCGAAUGGUCAUGGGAGACAUUCGUUUACGUGGCGUUGGUCUUGAUAGAACGUAUUGGCACCGAUUUGGAACCAUGAAACGAGGCCUUUCGUUACGUCCAACAGACGAAGUCGGCGAAGAUGGCUGGCAAUUUAUCAUCUCGGACAAUGAUGUAGACCUGACAAAGGUCGCUCAGAGCGAGGAGCUGAUCUUCGAGACUAUCACAUCACUGGUACCAACUGAGGUCACGUUCAACAAGCUCGUCUGGGUAAGCGAGUACAGGGCCAACAUCCGCAUGGUAAACAAGUUCAGCGAGGGCCGAGUUUUUGUUGCGGGUGAUGCUGCUCAUGUCCACAGUCCAACCGGUGGGACUCAAUUCAAGUAUACAAGAUGCUGUCAAUCUAGGUUGGAAGCUUGCGCUCGUCGAAAAAGGACUCGCCGACAAGUCUCUCCUUGAGACGUAUAAUGCCGAGCGUCUGCCUGUCAUCUCUGAGAUGCUUGAGAUCACCACCACGAUUCUCAACCACGGAGUAAAGACAGGCAACACUGCUGCCGCACGAACCCCCAUCCUUUUCAUGCUUGGUAUCAAUUACCGAUUCAGCGACAUCGUCCUCGACGAGUUUGCAGUUCC